AAUUGCGCAUGCGUGUGAGGAGGAGCUGACAUGGCCGAAGCUGAUGUGAAAAAGGUUUUGCAAUUAAAGCAUCAGCUGAAAGAAUCCUGUGAUGGACACACGCUGCUGAAAAUCUUGAAGAAACUUGAAGCAUUGGACAUUACACUUGAAAUCCUCUCUGAAACUGGAAUUGGAAAAGUCGUCAACUCCUUCCGGAAGCACGAUGAUGCGGGGAAGCUGGCGAGAGAAUUGGUGAAUCGCUGGAAAACACUCGUUCCAAAAGACUCUCUAAGUUUGAGAGGAAAGCCUGAUGAAAGCCAUAAUGAGCCGUUUGGUGGAGAAGUUCAGGAAAACAGCUGUCUUUCAGAGAGCACCAACUCUAGAAGAAGACCAAAGAUGGAGAAUUCCUGUGCAGAGAAGAAAAUAUCACAUAUUGUUGGGAAAAAAGACAAAAUCAAGCCCGGUAAAUCCAAACUCUACGUGAAUGGGGAAAAAAUGGAUGAGCCAAAACAAGAUUCGAGUGUGAAUCAGGACCACGGCAAGGAGAAGACAAUGAAGCUUUCUGGCAUAGCAAAGAAACAGCAGGACACAAAACUGGAAAAACCUUUGAAAGCAUCUCAAACGCAGAGAGAGAAGAGUGGAGAGAGCAAGGAGAAGCGUGAGAAGGCCAAAGACGGAUCCGCCUCGAGGGAGGGCGAGAUGCCCACGGGCGAAGGCUUUGAGGAGCCCUCCAUGUCGUUCGAAGCGUACUUGAGCUACGACCUGCAGACCAGCAAACGCAGGAGAGCCUUCAGCGCCGCUAAGAGCCCGAGGAAGAGACUCAAGCCUACACACACCGAGAGACUCAAGCCUGCACACUCAGACCAGUCCCGGGCGUCUCUGAAGGCCAGCACGACUGCGAGAGAACAGCCAAUAACAGCGGCUCCUGAGCGGUCCGUGAUGGACUUGUUAAACGUUCCUUUGCCGACGAGUUUUCCCGAGUGUGAGGAUAUGUCUCAGUAUCAGUACUUCAGUGAAAAGAAAGUCGACAGAAAGCCGAGUGAAGUGUGUGAAGAGGCUCCGCUCCUCAUCGGCCAGCGGCUCAGGAAUAAGAUGCAGGUGUACUCCGGCAGUAAGACGAUGUUUCUGCCGUCGAUGAUGACGCUGUACCAGCAGUGUAUCCGAGCGCUGCAGAACAACAUCGACUUGCUCUAUGAAAUCGGAGGAGUGCCGUUUGAGAUCCUGGAGCCGGUGCUGGAGCGGUGCAAGCCGGAGCAACUUCUGCGCAUCGAGGAGUUCAAUCCAGUGUAUAUUGGGGAGACGGACCACCUGUGGGAGAGGCACUGUAUGAAGGACUUCCGAAACGCCCAGCUGGAGGAGUACGAGUCCUGGAGAGAGAUGUACCUGCGCAUGUCCGAGGAGCGGGAGAGGAAACUGCAGCUGCUCACCAAGAGCAUCGUCUCCGCUCACUCCGGCAAGCCCAAAGGAAGGCAGUUGAAGAUGGCGUUUAUUCACUCGGCUGCUAAGCCUCCUCGAAACGUGCGUAUCCAGCAGGAGAUCCACGGCACGGCCGGCCCCGUGACCCAAGCUCACCCGACAGACAGAACCAGCAGUGUGAAACCCGUUGAGAUCCGGGGCAGAUCCGGCUUCAGUGAGGCUGUGAAACCCUCCGCUAACUCCGGCUCCGGUCCGGCCCAAGACCCGCGCAAGAUCAAGCGAGUGGCGCCCAUGAUGGCCAAAUCCCUGAAGGCCUUCAAAAAGCAGAUCAACCGCAGAUGAACUGAUAUUACACAGAUAUGCACUCCCUGGAACACACUUAUCGGCCAAAUAGUUUGGAAAUAUUUUUUUUUUCAAUGUUAUUUGUAAUUUCACAGGAUGAUCAACAUAGUACUUAUUUGUACUAACAAUAAUUGCACUUUGAAAUCUAUCCAUCUCUUUGUAUUGAUUUUUUUCUAUCAUGACAAUCACAAUUUAAAUUCUGAAAUUAAAAGUAUAAUAACCUG